CGAGCUUCUUUAUUUUUUGACACAGCCACACAAUCCUGUCAAUAUUUGCCGCCACUUUAACUGAUGUUAUUAGCAGUAAAUUAAAGAGGAUAUUUUGAGAAUACGUUUCCUGUAUACUGGAGUUGUUUUUGCCCUUUGUCCCACUGGCUCUGCCACUUCACCAUCUCUGUAACUAGUUGACCUGGCAACUCUUCAUGAGCUCUCUGGUGCAGCAGCACCCACCUGCAUCUUCCUGUUCUUUUACCUGAUGUUCACUCGCUACUGGCUGAUCAGCGUGCUGUAUGCUGUCUGGUGGUACUUUGAUUAUGACACUCCUGCACGUGGAGGCCGCAGGUCGCCCUUCCUGUGCAGCCUCAAAGUUUGGGAAUACAUGCGUGAUUACUUUCCCAUCAAGUUGGUGAAGACGGCUGACUUAGAUCCCAGGCAUAACUACAUCCUUGGCUUCCAUCCCCAUGGUGUGCUGGUGGCAGGAGCUUUUACCAACUUCUGCACCUACUCUACAGGCUUCAGACAGCUGUUUCCAGGCAUCACCAGCUACCUGCUCAUGUUGCCUCUUUGGUUCAGAGCUCCAUUCUUCAGAGACUACAUCAUGUGUGGAGGUCUGAUUCCUUCAGACAAAGAGAGCGCCACUUAUCCACUCUGCAAAAAGAAAGGUGGCAAUGCUAUUGUGAUAGCUGUUGGAGGGGCACCAGAGGCCCUUGAUGCCCACCCGGGCACUUUCAAUGUACUCUUGGCCCAUAAGAAAGGCUUCAUCAAAAUGGCCAUGGAGUAUGGAGCUCAUCUGGUACCAGUCUUCUCUUUUGGGGAGAACGAAGUGUAUGACCAGGUGGAAAACCCGAGGGGAACCUGGCUUCGAUGGUUGCAGGAAAAUCUGCAGAAGAUCAUGGGUGUCUCUCUUCCUCUCUUCCAUGCACGAGGCAUUUUCCAGUACUCCUUUGGCCUUAUGCCCUACAGAAAACCUAUCAACACAGUAGUUGGACGGCCAAUCAAAGUGGAGAAGAAAGCAAAGCCAACUGCCGAGGAACUUGAUGCCCUCCACCAGCUGUACAUGGAUGAACUCAGCAAUCUGUUUGAGGAGCACAAAGGCAACUAUGGAGUGGACAAAGACACACACCUGAACUUUGUCUAAAGUGCAACAAGGCCUGUGUGGAAUUGAACGCCUCUUUGUAAAGCUCUGGUGCUGCAGAUUUACCUUUUCACCAGUUCUGUACACCUGCUCACAGCUCCUCCUUUAACUAAAGACAAAGUGAUUGUUUGUACACUCGCACUGGGCUGAACAGGCGCUCCGUGUGACUUAAAGCCAUUGCAGAGGUCUGGGUUUAAACCUUUCCUGUCCUGUCUCAAUGAAGCCCAAACAUGUAAGCUGGAAAGGCUGCCUUUAAAAUCUCAGAUCUAAUGAAAGAAUUCCCUUUGUUCUACAAGUGCAUUAAAAUUCAUCAUGAAACCCUAA